AUGGUGCACGGUGGAGAAGCCGUUAGCUCGUUUAGCAUCAAAGCCAAGAUCUCUGCAGAUGCUUAUCAAUUAUCGCCACCCCAGAUGUCGCCUGCUGUAUUGCAGCACAACAGCAAUAAGGGGUUGUCUAAGCAGACUUUUCUGUUCCAUGGUCAGUCGUUCGGGUGGAAAAAGGCGUCCGGGUAUCCAACCUCGGGCAACCGGAUAUCCGCGGUCGAGAUAGCCGGACACCGGGAUGCAGCCUCCGACCACUCGGCCUGUGCAGGACAAUCCGCCCGUGGAACGGAUCGUCUGACAGCUGUCCAGGGCCCAGGCCAGUUCAAGUGGAACCGAUCGGACCCUGAGAUGAGCGGAUUCCAUCGCCGAUCUGGCCGUCCCGGCGCGAGCUGCAACUCUUCCUUAGCCUGCAUAAGCUUAUUUGAACGGAUUCCGACGGAGGACCCUGCGUCUGGAGUCAGCCUGUCUCAUCUCCACUUCACAUGCAAGUCGCUGACGUGGUACCUACUACCUGGGCAAUCCCUCGGCCUGAUUCUCGUCUUGGCUGUGGCUGAGAACAUGGAUCUUUUGAAGAGUUCGAAUAGAACUACGACAACAACUAAACAUCUAAGCGAGGAGCUACGGAAGGAAACGAGCCCGAAGAAAAUAUGGAUCAUUGAAUCAUCCGGUUUACCCAACACGAGACCAGUUCUAAGCUAA